AUCACUGUUCACAGGUCAGAACCAAAUGAAGAGUAGUUUUUUGAUCAACUGCGGAACGUUUACUGCGUUUCAUAAUCAAUAACUCUGUGCUGCGAGCAAAACACCACAGAACGAACAGCUGUGGAAAACCAAACAAUAACAUAAUACCAAAUUAAAUGUCAAAUUCGGAAUAAACUAUUUCUCGAAAAUCGCAGAGAGCAGAGCGGAGUAGGAAGUGAGAAACAGUGGCUGCGUAAAAAGUGUCCCCGCUAGCGCAGCAAAAACCCAUCACCGAUCUUCGUAUCACGGUCAUUAAUUAGCAAUAGAAAGUUCUCCGACUCGCGGGGUCAGCCAGAUGGAGGAGAACGCCGCCCCACCCGCAGCCGCAACAGCCGCGGGCUGCGAUGCCGCCACCCGUCAAAAGAAUCCGGAAACCAGUGUCCGGCUGCUCAUCAAGUCGUCCAACCAGCAGUAUGAGGAUCUCAAUGUGGACUCCGACCUCUGCUGGACGGUCCAGCGGCUGAAGAAGCACCUAUCUCUUAUCUAUCCUGGCAAACCGUUGAUACAGGACCAGAAACUUAUUUACUCGGGCAAGCUAUUAGAUGACUCCCAAAAGAUAUCGGAGGUGAUACGCAGCUACAAGGAUGUCUACCAACAGCACCACAUAUUUCACUUGGUGUGUGCCAGCAAGCAAGUGACAACGCCGGCUGCCAAAGCGCCCACUGUGCCGCAGAAGGAUGCGGUUCCAGCUGGGCCCGAGGUCAGUGGGAAUGCAAAUGAGCUGCGACAACGUCAUGCUCCACAUCAGCAGCAGGCACAGCAGGGCAACGCUGCAUCUCACGUGGCGGGUAACAUCGGUUUGGCCAAUCCCUGGACGCACUUCUGGCAGCAGAGCCAGGGAGCAGCAGCUGCUGCCAAUGCCAGUGCCAGUCCCCAUGCUUUAUUCCAGCAGCAGGCACUCAUAUACAACGCCUGGAUGCAGCAGGCUUACGCGCAGUACAUGCAGCAGUUGACUCUCCGUUCUACGUUGCAAGGUUCGAACGAAUCUGGCUUGGCGCCACCGACUCAACCCCUGUUGCCCUCAGUCCCACUGAUUGCUGGGAGAAACUUCGGGGAGGUACAACAAGUGGCAGGAGCAGCUGCUGCCCCAGCAGCACAAGUACCUGCUGAUCCUCAGAUUAAUGGGGCGCCGCAAAACAGAAAUUUUCCCAACAUUCAGGAGGAACCAGAAAUGCGCGACUGGCUGGAUAGUUUCUUUAGCUUUACGCGAUUGGCCAUUUUUGUGACUGUCCUGUACUUUAACUCCUCAGCGCUGCGUUGCUUACUGGUUGUGCUCAUCGCCGGUGCGAUUUAUCUAUAUCACAUUGGUGUCCUUCGACGUCGCCGCGAGCGGAACAAUAACAACAUAAAUCGUAACAAUAAUGCUGGCGAUGCGGCCGCCUUUGCUGCAGUGCAGCAAAUUCAGCGCAUGAUGGAUGCGGCCGUGGAGCGGGAGAACAACGAUCCCCAGGCGGCCAAUGAGCCUGGUGCAGUGCCGGCGGCUGGACCUGCAGCUGCUGGUGAUCAAGAUGUAAUCGAUGCACCUCCGGCUGGGGCUCCCGUUGCUCCAGCAUCCGCUGCUAAUCCAGAUCCGACUGACGUUUCCGCGGAAGCUGUGGAACCACCAAAUGCCAAUAAUUCUGUGAUUUCCGUUGUGCGCACCUUUGUCAUCACCUUCUUCACCUCGCUGCUGCCCGAGGCGCCUGCGCUCUAGAGGAUCGAACUGUACGUUAUACAGAGGGACGACCAUCCACAAACCAGCUUUACAGCUUUACGGCUUUCCUCUUUUUAAACUCCCAUAAUCAAACUGUUAUUCCGUUUUCCUUUUAGUUUUGUGCAUACCUGAGAAUGUAGCAACUUUGUUUUACUAGCUGUAAUAAUCAUGUAUAUUUAUUUCCGAGUGUUAGCCGAGUUACAACAUGGUGACUGCUGCCUCAAUAGCUCGUAGAAUUUUAGAUAUCUAAGAACGUACUCUGUUUUUGAUGUGAAUAGUAGAAUGAUUAUAAUCUGCACUGGAAUCUGUGCCAGAGACGAACCUAUGAAACCAAGAUGCAAUAAAAAUAAAACGUAUGCUUUAACACCAAAAA